CCGGAUGUUUGGCGCGCUGCACCGGUUAAAUGGAGUGGCGGGCUGAUGACGCCUAGAAAACAAAACGAGAAGAAGAGAAGCUGCCAUUUCCAGUGAGCUGUGUAAAAUGGAGGAGAAGUGUCUGGGUGUCCACGAGGCCCCAACUGAUGGCCUAGAAUGUCAGGAAGUGACCUCAGAAGAGAGGAGUGAUGACAUGUGCUGUGGGCGCUCAGCUUGUGAUGCACAGCAAGAACCAACACGAGAGCAGCAGCUUUCAAAGAUUGGACCAACCAGCAAACCAAGUAGACAGCUAGUAAACAACUCUAUUAGCCAAUGAAGAUAAAGAAAGCACGCUGGCUCACUUCUAGAUGACUGGAGAGAUGGCAUGGACCCUUAAGUGACCCACUGGGGCAAAAUCCUCCAGCAUUCUGAUGGGCAAAGUCAACAACUUAAAGCCAAGCGGUCAGACUCGCCAUCACUUGCCAUGCGGCUCCUUGUGUUGGUGACCGCUGGAUGUAUUGGCUGCUGUCAGUAAAGCCCCCUACUUGCUUGGUAUCCUUUGGCUGACAUCCUUAUUGUGGGGGACCUGGGCAGGUUGUCUGCUAAGGACAUUUGAACAUUCAGGUGUAAACAGCCACUAAACAGUUCAACAAGCAAGGACAGAAACUCUGCGUCUACCAUGGAGAACAUUAAAGAAGAAGACGACUAUGAGUGGCAGUCUGGGCAACGUCAGACAAAACAGGAGGAUUGUGGAUGGGGACAAGUUGUCAUUAAAGAGGAGUCUGAGCCACCGGCCGAUAGCAGUGACUUAAAAAAACCUGAAAUGUUAAAUCGCAUCAAGGCAGAAGACGUUAAAUCAGAGACAGUCUGUGAGCUGGUGUGUCCAAAUGACGAGGUGACUGGAGCGGACCUUACAGGGAGUGGACCUCAGUGUGUCCAGGUGAAGGCCGAGGCUCUGGACUGUGACGUGAAGAUGCCAGAGAAAGCGUCAUGUUCAAGGCAUUGUGAUGAAGAUCAACCAGAAAGUGGAACAUCCUCUCCAUCUUUACUUCCUCAGACUUCUAUUCAACAUCGAGCACAGCAGAAUGAACUUGUGAAAGAACUGUCUUCUGGAUCAGCCUCGUGGCCGCACAGUUCACAGCCUCCUGUGAAAUCAACAGCAGUACACGCAGUCAACACUCAACAACAGGUUUGUGAUUCAACUUCAGCAAGUGAGCAGGUCUACCAAGACUGGGAGAAAACCUUGAAACAAACAUCUAAAAGCAAACAUAAGUUGAGUCAUACAAGACAAAAGCCAUGUUCUUGUUCUGAAUGUGGCAAAGCGUUCACUGACAUGAGCAGUCUUGCCAAUCAUAUGAGAACUCACACUGGGGAGAAGCCGUAUUGUUGUUCAGAAUGUGGUAAACGGUUUUCACAAAUGAGCAAUCUUCAGAACCACAAAGUAGUUCACACUGGAGAGAAGCCAUACUGCUGUACCCAGUGUGGGAAACAAUUUUCACGAAUGUGUAGCCUACAUAAACACUCAAGAAUCCACACUGGAGAGAAGCCCUAUCGUUGUUCUGAAUGUGGCAAACGAUAUGCCAGCAGGACCAAUCUUCAGAUCCACACACAAUUUCACACUGGUAAAAUGCCAUAUUCCUGUUCUGAAUGUGGGAAACGAUUCUCCAGUAGCAACAAUCUUAAGAUCCACAGCAGAGUUCACACUGGGGAAAAGCCUUAUUUCUGUCCUGAAUGUGGGAAACAAUUCUCCAGGCGUAGCAGUUUUCACACACAUAAAAGAAUUCACACUGGUGAGAAACCUUACUGUUGUUCUGAAUGUGGCAAAAGAUUUUGUUUGAGGAGUGGCCUAAAACUUCAUGUGAGAAAUCACACGGGAGAGAAACCUCAUUGCUGCUCAGAAUGUGAUAAACGAUUUUUGCAUAGGAGCUGCCUACGUAAACACUCGAGAGUCCAUACUGGAGAAAAACCAUACGGCUGUUUGAAAUGUGGCAAAAGAUUUUCACAAACAAGUAGUUUACAGAAACACUCCACCAUCCACACUGGAGAGAAGCCUUACUGCUGUUCAGAAUGUGGCAAACGAUUUUCACAAACAAGUAAUCUAAAUCAGCACCUAAGAAUUCACACUGGAGAAAAGCCGUUUUCCUGUUCUGAAUGUGAGAAGCAAUUCUCCAACAGCAGUAACCUUCGGGUCCACUCAAAAAUUCACACUAGAGAGGAAAAAUGUGAAAGCAGAACAUUCAGGUGUAAACAGCCACUAAACAGUUCAACAAGCAAGGACAGAAACUCUGCAUCUACCAUGGAGAACAUUAAAGAAGAAGACGACUGUGAGUGGCAGUCUGGGCAACUUCAGACAAAACAGGAGGAUUGUGGAUGGGGACAAGUUGUCAUUAAACAAGAGUCUGAGCCACCGGCCGAUAGCAGUGACUUAAAAAAACCUGAAAUGUUAAAUCGCAUCAAGGCAGAAGACGUUAAAUCAGAGACAGUCUGUGAGCUGGUGUGUCCAAAUGAUGAGGUGACUGGAGCGGACCUUACAGGGAGUGGACCUCAGUGUGUCCAGGUGAAGGCCGAGGCUCUGGAGUGUGACGUGAAGAUGCCAGAGAAAGCGUCAUGUUCAAGGCAUUGUGAUGAAGAUCUACCAGAAAGUGGAACAUCCUCUCCAUCUUUACUUCCUCAGACUUCUAUUCAACAUCGAGCACAGCAGAAUGAACUUGUGAAAGAACUGUCUUCUGGAUCAGCCUCGUGGCCGCACAGUUUGCAGCCUACUGUGAAAUCAACAGCAGUACACGCAGUCAACACUCAACAACAGGUUUGUGAUUCAACUUCAGCAAGUGAGCAGGUCUACCAAGACUGGGAGAAAACCUUGAAACAAACAUCUAAAAGCAAACAUAAGUUGAGUCAUACAAGACGAAAGCCAUGUUUUUGUUCUGAAUGUGGCAAAGCGUUCACUGACAUGAGCAGUCUUGCCAAUCAUAUGAGAACUCACACUGGGGAGAAGCCGUAUUGUUGUUCGGAAUGUGGUAAACGGUUUUCACAAAUGAGCAAUCUUCAGACCCACAAAAGGGUUCACACUGGAGAGAAGCCAUACUGCUGUCCUCAGUGUGGGAAACAAUUUUCACGAAUGUGUAGCCUACAUAAACACUCAAGAAUCCACACUGGAGAGAAGCCCUAUCGUUGUUCUGAAUGUGGCAAACAAUAUGCCAGCAGGACCAAUCUUCAGAUCCACACACAAUUUCACACUGGUAAAAGACCUUAUUUCUGUCCUGAAUGUGGGAAACGAUUCUCCAGGCGAAGCAGUUUUCACACACAUAAAAGAAUUCACACUGGUGAGAAACCUUACUGUUGUUCUGAAUGCGGCAAAAGAUUUUGUUUGAGGAGCAGCCUAAAAAUUCAUGUGAGAAAUCACACGGGAGAGAAACCUUAUUGCUGCUCUGAAUGUGGUAAACAAUUUUCGCAUAGGAGCAGCUUACGUAAACACUCGAGAGUCCAUACUGGAGAAAAACCAUACGGCUGUUUGAAAUGUGGCAAAAGAUUUUCACAAACAAGUAGUUUACAGAAACACUCCACCAUCCACACUGGAGAGAAACCUUACUGCUGUUCAGAAUGUGGCAAACGAUUUUCACGAAAGAACAGUUUAUAUAAACACUCAAGAAUUCAUACCGGAGAGAAGCCUUACUGUUGUUCAGAAUGUGGGAAACAAUUUUCACAAACAAGUAAUCUAAAUAAACACCUGAGAAUUCACACGGGAGAAAAGCCGUAUUCCUGUUCUGAAUGUGGGAAACAAUUCUCCAACAGCAGUAACCUUCAGGUCCACACAAAGAUUCACACUAGAGAGAAGAAAUCUGACAGCAGGGAUGCGGUAGAUAUAUACAGAGACCUGCAGAGGGCGCUCCUGAUGCCCAAACCCGACGCAGACGCUUUGAUUUCCUGUCUUGUUCACCACACACCCUUCUAUUUCUUCCUCUUUCCUUCUCUGUCCGCCUCCACUCCUCCUGGAACAUUAAGGAGUAGGCAGUCACUGCUCAAUACAACAAGCAAGGACCAAAACUCCAGCCACACGGGAGUCUCCACAUACACCAUGGAGAAGAUUAAAGAAGAAGCCGACUAUGAGUGGGAGUCUGGGCGACGUCCGCUGCAAGAGGAGGAUUGUGAUUGGAGACUGGUGGUCAUUAAAGAGGAGUACGAGCCAGCAGAGGACACCAGUGACUUGGACCACAAUGAAGCAAUAAACAGCAUCAAGGCAGAAGAUGACAAGGGGACUGGAGGAGACCUGGCCGAGAGAGGACCUCUGUGUGUCAGCGUGAAGACUGAAGCUCUGGACUGUGACGGGACGAGGGCUGAGAAAGCGUCGGGUUCAAGGACUUGUGGCAUAGAUCUGCAAGAAAGUGGGACCUUCUCCCCGUCUUCAUUUCCUCAGACCUCUCUUCAGCGUAGACCACAGCAAACUGAGAUUGUGAAAGAAUUGAGAUCUGGAUCAGAGACUUUACCUGCCUCGGCGCCAUAUGGUUUUCAACCUCCUGUGACAUUGACAAAGGUAGACACAAUCAACACUCAGCAAUGGCUAUGUGAUGGAGAUUCAGCAGGUAUGGAGGUCGUCUGCCAUGAAUGGGAAAAAACCUUGAAACAAAAAUCUAAAACCACAAAUACCAGACGUAAGCCAUAUUGCUGUUCUGAAUGUGGUAAGGCAUUCACUGACAUGAGCAGUCUUACCAAUCACAUGAGAACUCACACUGGAGAGAAGCCAUAUUGUUGUUCGGAAUGUGGUAAACGAUUUUCACAAAUGAGCAAUCUUCAGACCCACAGAAAACUUCACACUGGCAAUAGGCCAUAUUCCUGUUCGGAGUGUGGAAAACAAUUCUUCAGUAGCCACAAUCUUCAGAGCCACAGAAAAAUUCACACUGGAGAAAAGCCUUAUUUCUGUCCCGAAUGUGGGAAACGAUUCUCCAGGCGUAGCAGUUUUCACAGCCAUAAAAGAAUUCACACUGGAGAGAAACCUUAUUGUUGUUCUGAGUGCGGCAAAGGAUUUUGUUUGAGGAGCAGCCUAAAAAUUCAUGUGAGGAAUCACACUGGAGAGAAACCUUAUUGCUGCUCUGAAUGUGGCAAACAGUUUUCACACAGAAGUAGUCUCCGUAAGCACUCCAGAGUCCAUGCUGGAGGGAAGCCUUAUUCCUGCCCUGAAUGUGGCAAACAGUUUUUGCAAAUGAGCAGUCUGCAGAAACACGCCGCGGCCCACACUGAAGAGAAGACUUACAGCUGUUCUGAGUGUGGCAAACAUUUCUCACGGAAGAACAGUCUGUAUAAACACUCGAGAAUUCACACUGGAGAGAAGCCGUAUUGCUGUUUAGAGUGCGGUAAGCAGUUUUCACAAACGAGCAAUCUAAACAAACACAUAAGAAUUCACACUGGAGAGAAGCCGUAUUCCUGUACUGAAUGUGGGAAACAAUUCUCCAACAGUAGCAACCUUCAGAGCCAUGCUAGAGUUCACACGGGCGAGAGACCGUACCGCUGCUCUCAAUGUGGCAAACGAUUCUCACAAACGAGCAGUCUGCACAAACACCUAAGAAUUCACACUCGGGAGAAGCCGUACUGCUGUGCCGAAUGUGGCAAGCGAUACGCCAGCAGAGCCAGCCUUCAGAUCCACACACGAUGUCACACGGGUGAGAGGCCUUAUUCUUGCUCUGAAUGUGGGAAGCAUUUUUCCAGCGGUGGCAGUCUUCAGACCCACACGAGAAUUCACACUGGAGAAAAGCCGUACAUCUGUUGUGAAUGUGGGAAACGAUUCUCGAGCGGCAGCAGCCUUCACAUCCACAGGAGAAUUCACACCGGAGAGAAACCUUACUGUUGUUCUGAAUGUGGGAAGCGAUUUUCACAAACAAGCAGUCUUCAAAGUCACAUGAGAAACCACACGGGGGAGAAGCCAUACUGCUGCUCGGAGUGUGGCAAACGAUUUUCUCAAAUAAGCAGCCUCCAUAAACACUCGAGAGUCCACACGGGAGAGAAGCCGUACUGUUGUGCUGAAUGUGGGAAGCGAUUUUCACGGACAAACAGCCUACAUAAACACACAAGAAUUCAUACUGGAGAGAAACCAUACUGCUGUUUGGAAUGCGGAAAGCGAUUUUCACAAAUUAACAGUCUAAAUAUCCACGUGAGAAUUCAUACUGGGGAGAAGCCAUAUGCCUGUUCUGAGUGUGGCCGGCGAUACACCGCCAGGUCCAGUCUUAAGAAUCACGCGAGAAUUCAUACUGGAGAGAAGCCAUAUUCGUGUACUGAGUGUGGGAAACGAUUCUCCAGCAGGAGUAACCUUCAGGUCCACACACGAGUGCAUACUGGAGAGAAGCCAUAUUGCUGUCCAGAGUGUGGCAAGAAGUUCUCUAACAGGAGCGGCUUUCUGAGUCACGCGAGAACUCACACCGGAGAGAAGCCGUAUUCCUGUUCUGAAUGUGGGAAACCAUUCACCACCAGUAGCCAACUCAAGGUCCACAGAAGAAUUCACACUGGAGAGAAACCAUACGUCUGUUCAGAUUGUGGGAAACGAUUUGCACGAAUGAACCAGCUUCAGAGCCACGCAAGGAUCCACCAAAGUCACCUGGGACGUGGCAGUGCCAAAAAAUAGAAAGAAGGAUGCUGGGAACCCUGGUGGUGCCAACUAACGAAACACCCAGAUAGCUGAAGUUUCAAAUGGCACCUUGAUGCCUCGACUGGAGAGGAGACUAAAAUAAUAAAAUGAAAUCUGAAAUGUGGAACAAAACAACUGAAAGUGAGCUGGUGGCUCGGGGGGUCUACAGGCCCACCCUGACAUCCCCUGUGUGAGUGCCAAAGUGUCAAGCUCUAGUGGGACCAGUAACGUCGGGCCACAGCUCAACGGUGACGUCACUAAGCCAACAAUGCAGCUCUUGGGAAGUAAGUGGGAGAGACGCCUGAUGGCAGGGGCAUCUCGCCAGUUGUCCCCAUUCCUGCUGUCAGUGUGGGAGGCAGCCAUCCUGCCCAACCCCUUCAAGAAGUCACACUUGGGGGGGAACCCUGGCUGAUCUAAAUGUGCCACCAGAGUGGCCUCGACACCCACGUGACACGUUGACUGCCCAACCUGGUGAAGUGUGCCGCGUCACUGAACUCACUCGAGAAAUGAUUAGGGUCUCAAAGGGAGAAGAAUACAAGAUGGGAGCCUCUGGCAAUGAGGAAGAGUUAACAAGGGACGUGACCGCAGAAUCCCAACCAAUGACAGCCCGAGAGAAGAUCUCCUCUGAUAUCUGAAUAUCAAAUUGGGAUAUGGGCAAGAUAAAGGGGUCUGGAAAGUGAAGGACCUCAUUCAGGCAGAUGGGUAGACAACCUGGAAAGAGGGGGUCUGCACAGCUCAUCUUGAAUCCUUUGGACCACAGAGGUUGGAGUAAAGAAGAAGCAGGAACACUGAUGGGGCGGUGAAGACCAGUCGCGGGCUGUCAUGCUGGAUGAUGUCCACUCAGAAUGCUGUACUCGUAAAGAGAAGGACGUGAGGAUGAAGCCAAACUACUCGAGAAGAAUCUGAACCAACGAAAACCGGAGAUUAGGACCACAUGGACAAAGAGACAAAUACAUCAAGGAGGACGUCAUGAGCCAGACCAAGGUGACCACAGAAGAUGCUUCGCCACAGUUGUCACCUGAACUGACAAAGCGCUGAAGUGACUACCAGAACGUGGCUGGUCGGCCAUUUUAAAAAUAAACCGCAGCCCAUUGCACGUGAAAUGAAUUCGAUGGAAGUCCUUCCUGUCUUCUCGUGUCAGGGGCCCAAAUGAACCUCACUGGUUGAAGACCACCCUGAACGUCCCGACUAGUAACGGUGAGUGGCGGGGAAGGGAUUGGAGUUUAAAAAGGAAAUUAAACAAGAACUCCGGCCCUCCUGUACCUCAGAGGGGUUUGUCUUCGUGCCACUCUUGGUGUGGUGGUCCCUUCCUCCGCACGCGGUGUUCUUGUUGGUGUGACCAGCGGGUGCCCCAGUCCAGGAGGGCACUGCCACCAGCCUUGUUCUCAUUGUGCUCUUCUCGGACCCCUCAAGCAUUGUCGUAUUUAUUGCAGCCCCCUAAUUGAUGAGUGCAACUCCUGGAAAGAAGGAUGGAAUCCCACCUCUCGCCAGAGUUUCACUCGGCUGUUUGACAGAAAAACAAAUCAGCAGAACAGCCUGAGACAACGAAAUGAAACGAAACGUCGUAAUUAAUGGCACAAAAAAUGAUGGCAUGGAAUCCUGAAGUCCGAAAACGACGAGCGCCUCCUGGGCUCUGAUGACGGCUUGAAUUGCGUGAGGCGUGGACUUCGCUCCUCUUCCUCGGUCGUGUGGCAGGAUGGCGCCUCCUACGUGGACCUUGGGUCUCAUUGACGUGACUUGCCUGUCCUGUGCCGCUGCUCUGUGACAAGAUGGCUGAAUUCGUCUUCACCAAACCUGCUUCUGACUGGUGGAAUGAGACAAGUGUCCCACAUGUGGCGGUCACGACUGCCAUCUCCUCGGUCCUUUGCCUGACAUGCAGUCCGCUGUGGCCAUUUGCUCGUUUUCUUCAGGCUCUCGUCUUUGUGGGGUUCAUUUGUUUUAAUGACACCCCCUAGAAGGCCAGCGCAGAUCUGGGGUUCAUCACGGACUGCCACUGUCACUGUCACUCGGUCACCCACAGCCCAUGACUGCUCUUCGUUAGCCCGCCGUUGUGGUGUCCAUGGUGGCUUACGUGUGGCUUUCCUUGUGUUGACUGGUGACGCCGUGACGUCCCCCCCACAUUACGUGUCCCUUUUCCGACUUUCCCAUUUUGUUUGUAUUUGCUCACUCAUUGACUUUUGUCACUCUGUGCUGAGUUUUAUUGUCCUUGUCACUGUUGGAGCUCUUGGUGGGCCGUGUGUCACGUCACUCGACCUCCUCGGCCCAUCUGUAGACCUCCACUUGCUCUGAACGAACGCCGCGCUGCCAGUCCCAGCCAUUUGAGCUCAGGUCGUUUUCAGAGGCUCGUCUCACGAUGGCAGGAUGUUCAGCGUUUUGGGUCUCGUGUCUGAGAUUCGUGAACGUCUGCCAGGACUUGUUGUCACCCCCGUUUUAAACGGUGCCACAAGUGAGUCGGCCUUGGCAAGUGAGCAGCGAUGGCCACAGCUGGCGAUUUGCGUUUCUUGUCCAUUAAAUUUUGUUCUUUUCAGUUUC